AUGCCCCGUGCCUUCCUGGUCAGGAGCAGGCGUCCGCAACCACCCAACUGGGGCCAGUUGCCUGACCAGCUCCGGGGAGAUGCCUAUGUCCCAGACUGCAGCAACCUGGGGGUGGCACCAGCACACCAAUCUUCUGGCCUCCAGGACUCUUGGACAGCGCCCAUGCAGGGCACUUUGGUCCUCACUCCCAGGGGCCCUGGGACCCUUGGCUGUCCACUCUGCCCCAAGGCCUUUCCGUUGCAGCGCAUGCUGACGAGGCACCUCAAGUGCCACAGCCCUGCCCGACGUCACAUGUGCCGCUGCUGUGGCAAGGGAUUUCACGAUGCUUUCGACCUCAAGCGCCACAUGAGGACUCACACCGGGAUCCGCCCAUUCCGCUGCGGAGCUUGUGGGAAAGCAUUUACGCAGCGCUGCUCGCUGGAAGCACAUCUUGCCAAGGUGCAUGGGCAGCCAGCCAACUACGCGUAUCGUGAGCGUCGUGAGAAGUUGCAUGUGUGCGAGGACUGCGGUUUCACCAGCUCCAGGCCAGACGCCUACGCACAGCACCGCGCCCUGCACCCGCUGCUUGAGACUGCGCACGGCUCGUCCAACCCAUGAGAGGCAAAUAAAGACAGGCCAUGCAUG